AUGAUUUUUAUUGGUGUUUUACUCUUGUAUCUUCUGGCUGUGCUUGGUAACAUGAUUAUAACCAUCCUUGCAUGUACGGUGUCCCAACUGCACACACCAAUGUAUUUCUUCCUGUGUAAUUUAUCAGUUCAGGAUAUUAUUUAUGUAUCUACCAUUUUGCCAAAGCUAUUGGCCAUCACAAUCACACGAGACAGGAGCAUUUUUUUCUCAAGCUGCAUUACACAGUUAUUUCUGUUUGCCUUGUGUCUUGUUACAGAAUUUUUCCUGUUGACUUCAAUGGCAUAUGACCGCUAUGUGGCCAUUUGUAAUGCUCUACGCUAUUCUCUUAUCAUGAACAGGAUGGUGUGCAUCCUUCUCGCCACCAUUUGUUGGAUUGUUGGUACCUUUAAUUCAUUGUUAUUCACUCUAAUGAUGUCUAAGUUAUCAUUUUCUAAAGAACAAGAAGUCAGUCAUUUCUUUUGUGAUCCUCAAACAGUGCUAAAGAACUCCUGUAGUGAUACCACAAUCAUAAAGACAUUAGUAACCAUGCAGGGAUUAUUCUUAGGUUGCUGUCCAUUUAUACUAAUUUUAUCUUCAUAUAUGUUCAUCAUUUUUACCAUCCUAAAGAUUCAAACCUCAGCUGGAAGACUUAAGGCCUUCUCAAGCUGUUCCUCACAUCUUAUGGUGGUCUUUCUUUUCUAUGGUGCCUCUUUGGGAUUGAACAUGAAACCAAAGUCUGAGGAUCAACAGGAAAUAGAAAAAGUUCUCUCUAUGUUGUACAUUGCUGUGGUUCCAGUGUUAAAUCCACUAGUUUAUAGCUUGAGAAACAGAGAUGUUUUCAGAGCUAUGAAAACUUGUUUUAAACAUGUGUUUCCAUUUUAG